UUUCAUGGUGUAGCUUGUCAAUGAUGAAUAGGACUUUAGAAUUUGUAAGUAUUAAUUUCGUUUGAAAUGGAAUGUAAUCGUUUAUUUGGAAAUAUGCUCGGCAUAUGCAACUUCAUUGGAUCUUUUUCAGAUUAUAAUCAACAAGGUUAUGUCCCGUCAGCAUUAGUGGGUCAUCUGUCCAAUGUUUAUCCAUAUAAACAAAUAUCGAUAAUUUCUCGAUGGCAAUAUAUCGAGAAAUAUCGAGAAAUUGAUAUUCUCGCUACAACUCUACCAUUUUAUUUGAAAUCACCAGCGGCAGCUAUCAUCUGCACCCAGCGAUCAUCGAUAAUUAUCGAUUUUAUCGAUAAAAUGGCCCAGCACCAUAUUGUUGAAACACCUUUUUUGUUUUUUAAAAGACUCUUUUACCUUUUUGUCAAAAUCAUCAGAUCCAAGUGAAAUCUUUAGUUAUUAAUAUUUAUUUUAAAAUGUUGAUAAAUGAACUUCCCGACGAUUGUUUGCUCGCCAUUUUUGACCAAUUCAAUAACCUGUAUCAUUUAAUAGCCUGUUUUAAAGUUUGUGUUAAAUGGAGCCAUUUAAUUGUUAAACGAGCUGAAAAAGUUAAAUAUUUUGUAGAUUAUCGUACUCAUUUACCUGAUUAUUCACCUGAUUGUGUUUAUUAUAGAGACAGAGAUCUGAUUGAUGUAGCCGGUUUGAGCUCAUUAUUUCCAAAUUUAAUAAUUGCUAAAUUUUCUGAUAGAUUUCAAAGUCAAGUAAAAUUUGAAGAUAUUGCUGCAUUUGUCAGAAAACAUGAGCCUUUGAAAGAAAUGAUCACUUCAUAUCGUUUAGCAAUGGAAGAAUGUUGUGAUAAACUCGAAAUGCUAGCCACCGAUUGUUCUAAGCCAGGCAUUCUACAAAAUUGCAUCCAUUCAAAACAAUUAAGUAUUCGAGAUGAUACUCUAGUUAAUUUCAAAAGUGACGCACAAUAUUUGCCAAAUCUUGAAAGAUUACUAAUUCUCAUUAAUGGUAGUUACCUCAAUGGUUCAGUAUUGGAAAAGCUCAAAGUAGUUAUAAUGCACUCGAAUGUUUGCAAUCUUGGUACGAUUUUUUACGGUUUCCAGUUCAUGGAUUUAUGUCCGAAUUUACAAAGUGCCCGUAUUACCAUGGAUUCUAGAACCGUGCUUGUUGAUGAAACAUUGAAAAAUGAAUCUUUGCAAGAUUUAGUGAUACAUUUUGAUUUUUAUGAUCGAGACUGGAACGUUAUAAAAAGAGUUCUUAUGAAAUAUCCGAAUCUCAAACAUCUUGCGUUGAGAAAUCUACGUCGCAUAAUAGAUGACAAUAUCGAGAAAUUAGUUCACUUUUUACCCAAUCUGGUUAUAUUUGAUGUUCGCGGAUGUCGUGGGGUCACUCAAAGAGCUGCUAAUUUUGUCCAAAAUUAUUUUGAACGAAAUGGAAGAUCAACCAAAUUUUACUUCAAAGGGAAUCACCAUGAAUGCAAAUCAGAUUGGCCUCAGUUGUACACUAAACGACAGGAAAUUUGCCGAGGCUUUGAUUUCAUGGAACGUUUCUUUCUUGAAUAUCGCCUGGGCAGUGAUGUCUAGUGAUUAUUGAAAACCACAUACGGGUGAAUAUUAUCUAUUGUCUAAUCUAAAAAGUUGUCUCUGUGAUUAAAGAAACGGAACUUUCAUAUCAAAUUAAGAAGCGAUAGAUAACUUUUUUAGAUCGUAUAAGGCUUUAGAAUGAACAGAAUGGCAAAUUGUGAAAUGUGAAUAAAUUGUACUUCGUUCACCAUGAUUUCGAACGAUCUUUCUUAAAAUUUUAGAUGCUGGUAAAAUAAUGCCAAUUUUCGUGUUUCUCAUUUUGCUGACUUUUAAUUUUCUUGCAUUUUUUAUGUUGAUUAUUGAACAAAAGCAGUGAGAAAAAAAUUCAUUAUAAUUAAUAAUUCUGCAAAAUAUGAUUUAGAAAUU